CCAAACCCUUAGGAGCAAUACGGUCUUCUGCCCGAGUUGUUCUCUCCGUUCUCCGUGCAGAUGGAGCCUGCUGCGGACCGGCCCAUUUCCUCAACAGGGGAGGCCAACGCUGCCGCGGCCGCUCUUCCAAGAGCCGAGCGCAGCGGCCGGUUCCAUUAGGCAGUUAGCUGGGGGGGGAGGGGAGUCGCAAAAACCGAACUGGGAGACAAGAGCCGUGGUGGCGGAGAGGAGGCGGAACCGAGGCGACGGGCCCAAACCGGGACCUCCGACGGAGAAGGGAGCCCGUGCGGGGCCCGCAGUGCCUUGCCAUGCGAAGUGGCUGGGUCGAGGGAGUGGUGGGAGACGGGUGUCAGAUCCCAAAGAACUGAAGAACCAUUGCAUCGGGAGCCCUCCCAGCAUCACCUCCUGCCUUGCCAACAUCCCCAAUGCGACCAUGGGAACUGGCAGUGAAUAGGCGCCCUCCUCCUCCUCCUCUCCCCUUUGAACAGCAACGAUUCCCAGGAGGAAGCUGUGGCAGUCCAGCACACCUCAGGAGAAGCCCUCCUUCGCGGCACCACUGGGGCCGACGUGAGCGACCUCUGCAAGCUCUCCUAGUCCAGGAUGAGAACUACUUGCACCCGGCUUUUUUCCAGCAGCAGCAGCAGCAGCCACAGCCGCAAGUCCCUGUAGAUGAGCACCCGGCGUACGUUCUGGCCAAUACGCCACCACGAAUGCUUCACCCGGCUGCCCACCCACCCCACCAACAUCCAUUCAUGGUGGAUCUUCAUGAGCAGGUGCAUCAGGGAGCUGUCCCUCUCUCCUACACGGUGACCACGGUGACCACACAAGGCUUCCCUCUUCACACUGGCCAGCAUAUCCCUGGUUGCAGCACGCAGCAGCUCCCAGCAUGCUCCGUGAUGUUCAGCGGACAGCACUACCCUCUCUGCUGCCUCCCACCUCCUCUGAUCCAGGCUUGUGCCAUGCAGCAGCUCCCUGUGUCGUACCAAACAUUCCCGCCGCUCAUUUCCAGUGACCAUUACAUCCUGCACCCUCCACCACCUGUGCCAUCACACCAGCCUCCACACAUGGCUCCUCUCAGUCAGUUUGUCCCUCUUCAACCCCAGCACCCUCGUAUGCCACUGCAAAGGAUAGACAAUGAGGUGGAGCUUCGGGGUGAACAGCACCCCAUUGGAGGCUUCUCCUACUCUCCUUCCCAUCAUACUCCUGCACUGUCUCCUUCUGUGCCACUGCAUUACCUUCCGCACACCCAUGACCCACUGCACCAGGAACUGCCUUUUGGCGUGCCAUAUCCACACAUGAUGCCCAGGCGACUGAAUACCCAGCGAUACAGAUUGCAGCAGCCACUGCCACCUCCGCCGCCACCCCCACCUCCGUACUACCCAAGCUUCCUGCCAUAUUUCCUCUCAAUGCUUCCCGUGUCACCGACAGCUGUGGGGCCCACAAUAAGCUUGGACCUGGAUGUGGAUGAUGUAGAGAUGGAAAAUUAUGAGGCAUUGCUGAAUCUGGCUGAGAGGUUAGGAGAGGCCAAGCCACGGGGACUCACCAAAGCAGAUAUUGAGCACCUUCCAUCCUACCGCUUCAACCCAGAGAGCCAUCAGUCGGAACAAACCUUGUGUGUUGUAUGCUUCAGUGACUUUGAAGUAAGGCAGUUGCUGCGAGUUCUGCCCUGCAACCACGAAUUCCAUGCUAAGUGCAUCGACAAAUGGUUAAAGGCGAACCGCACGUGCCCCAUCUGCCGGGCAGAUGCCUCAGAAGUUCACCGGGAGGCUGAGUGAGGCUCGUUGACACACUGCUGCACAAAUUCACUCCAGGAUACGGACCUUGGACCAGGGGCUUGGGCCAGCCUGUGUGCUUAGCCUCUAGGGCUGCUCCUGGGAUGUGGUGAGAACAUAAGCAAUGUAUGACACCCCCUCCCCCUCACCCCAUGGCAUGGACUGGGCCUGGUGGUCAAGCCAGCUCUGCGGUAUCAUGCUUUGCAGGGGGAGGCCUCCCUGUGUUGCUCCGCACUCCAAAGACACUCUAUCCUUGCGCCAUUACUCUCCAGGUGUUUGCAUUCCUCUUUUUAUUUUUCGUUUAUGGGUUUCCUUUCCUGUUUUUGUUUGUUUGGUUGUUUUGGUUGUGUGGCUAUCUGACCCAGACUUUACUCUGAAAUUAUUCCCCUUCUGCUCUGGCCAGAUGGGGGCCCUUGAAAGCCAAGCAGCUCAAAAUGGAGGGGGGGGCAGGUGAGGAAGUGCCUCCUUCAGUCCCACCAGCAGCUCACCCAGAGCACACAGUAUUGCACGGCAGCAGGAUUGUUUAGCUGCAACGCUAGCGGGAGAAGCCUGAGGCCUUGCCAGACAAGUUUUUCUCUCUCUCCCCCAUUCCAAAUUAUGGCUCAGUGCUACCUUCUGUUUUUUGUUUUGUUUUGUUUUGUUUUUCUCCUACAGAUGCCCUCCCUCUCCCAGUGUAAUCCCCCCCUUCUCAUUCACCCUGCUGGCUACUGCAUGCCUCAGGUGUCUGAAUGGUGUUCAGGGUUCUUCUUACAACUAGCAGUGGAAUAUGGAAUUAAAAUGGACCUGAAAAAGCAAUAUUCCCCUAAAGUGCCCUCAAUAUGAGGCAGUUAUGGAUAGAAAAGACACAUUUGCCCUCAGAAAAUGGAAGGGAAGCCAAAGGGGUGUUACAUUUGAAAAUAAGUUUUCAUCUUGGCUCACUCACAGGGGAAAGCAAGGAGAAGUGUUGAAAAUUUUUCUGACAUUGCAGCUGGCUCUCUUUUCUGUAGACAUCAUAGGAUGGAGCCUGGUUUUGUGGGGCCUUUAUUUUGAGACUGAAAAAUCAUGUGACAGCUGGUACCACUGCCUCUUCCCCUCACAUGCACACAUCUCCAGGAACCCAGGUGCUCUUUUUGGGGCCUCUUUUCUUUCUCAUCUCCCGUCUCUGUGAAACUUCCCCAAAAUCAGGUUUGUCACUGAUCCUAAAGUAUUCCUAGGGGAUUUUCUGUCCUACAAGGGGAGGGGGAGGGGAGGUUAACAGAUUGAAACAGAAGCCUUCCACCCUCCCACUCUAAAUCCCACCCACUCUUCAGAACUGACCCCAGGCUAAGCCUCUGAAAGCUGUUAGGCAGCUGUGAGGGUCGCAGCAGCAGGAUGUUCAGCAGAGAGAGAGAGCAGAUGGGGAAUUAUUUAUUAAUCUUGUUGUCUAUCCUUGCACUAGCGAUCAUGGAGAAAGCCCAUCUGGUGCUCACUCUUCCCCCCAACUCCCCCCCCCCCCGGAUGCUGUAUGCAGCACAGCAUCAAGCUCCUUAGAACCAGGCAGGCGCUGCCAUUCCUUUUCUGGCUUGCCUACCUACCCCUCUGCUUUUCUCUCUCUCUCUUUCUUUCCCCCCCCCCCCAAUCAUGUUUGGCCUGCUGCGGCUGCCAUGAUCCCAGUGAGUUUUUCUGCAUGGCCUGAUGCUUGUGCUCUGGGAUUCAGGUACCUUGGGUGUUUUUUGCCGUGACAAGCAUACACUUGAGUUGUGUGCCUUUCUGUGUCUGCAAACCUACACACUAUCCUACCUAAAAUAACCUGCUGAUUUGAAGUGGGAAAGCAACCAACCUGCCACCCUGUUACAAAAACCUGUUAUUGUUAAAAAAAAAUUUAAAAGUUGUUUUGCAUGAUUAUACCGUGGAACAGGAGAGAAGCCCUCACCGUGUAAUUGGUUUGUGUUCUGAAGCCUGGUGGAAAGACUCUUGAGAGGACGACAAAACCUAAUGUAAAUGUUCACAAAUUAUGCAUGCAUGUUAUGACCAGCUUGGAACUUGGUAUUGGCUAUCUCUCUAGCCAGCUGUGGGGUGAUGGGGGGGGUGGGGACGAGGGAGUUCUUUGUGCUCAGCUGAUUACUGCCAUGCACUGUACUGCACAUGUCCGCAACGCCUCAUAAGGACCGUUAACGCUUUUCGGGGGCAUUUCUCUCUCCCCUCCCCUCUCUAAAUUAAGGAUUGAUUUGAGACCUGGGCUGGUCCAGAGGGAGGCAGGCAGGCUUCAUCGGAGGUCAGGUCACCCAAGUUCAGCCUCAGCUAGGACUUCCACGGGGUUAAUAGCUGUCUUGGAAGGAGGGGUUUGGCAGGUGCAGCUUCUCCUUCAUGGUGCUGCAGAGGUGAGAGAAGUCGUGCCUGCUGACGUCCUUCUUUCUUCCCUGGCCCCACCUAGCUUUUCCCCUCUGCUGCUCUUCCCUGCGUGGGGAGCUCCCUUGUCCCUGCCUCACCAAGGGGCAAGUGUGGCCCAGUCAGAAAGUCGGCCUUUGCUGCCCCCAGGGGAGCUUCCCCUUCCUGCCCUCCAGAGUCCCCACCUCUCAUUGAUGUGGCUGUUUCAACAGGUAGCCUCUCCUUGGGUUUUAGGCCCCUCUUCCCUCCCCCUUUGAAGUGGGUGGCAGGCAAGAGCAGUGACAGUGGGAGAGCUUGAAAGGACAGCCUCGUCCUAAAUCCCCGCUCCAGCCAGCGGCAUGACCUACUUCCAGACCUUUUCAGAGAAAUGGGCAGCUCCCUCUUGCUCCUUCAGGCUCACUAGAGCUUGGACAACUUCCUUUGUUUUGGGACGAAAACUCUCCCGACGCCACAGCUAACACCACCGCUGACUUAGAGCAAUCUGGGAGUUGUAGCCAGAUCCCAUGCUUCCCAGGUCAUUCUCAGAGUUGUAGUCCAAAAACACCCCAGGCUCUGGAGCUAACUGUGCUAGCAAAUCAACUGAAUUGAUGACUUGGGAAAGGUUGCACACUUGCUUGGUUUCCCAAGAAUACGUAUAUGCCAGGAUAUCCCCUCUGGGGCAAUGCCACGUGAAAGUCGAGCAGGCAUGAAGGAGUGCAGAGCAGGCAGAGAAUGUCCCCCAUGGGUCUGCAAGGAGCAAGUGGGCCACCCCCUUGACUCUUUUCUUUGUGGGGCACUUCGGGCAUGGGUGGAAGCUACUGAAGGGCAGUAGCUUCUCUGAAAACAGUGGGGCAGGUGCAGCAUCGCUGUUGGUGUUUUUCUGAGUACACCGGCUCUCAGCAAUACUUACCUCAAAAGCAGGGUAAAAAAAAUCCUUUAUAUGUCCAAGCCAGGCCUCUUGCCACUGGUGCUCACAGCCAUGCAUGGCAAGGGGUGAGCAGCCAUUUCCCCCCUGGGCAGUUGCUGGAAUUCUUGACCCAGUCAAGGUUAAGAAGUCCUUGGGACGCUAGACCAUGUGAGUUCGACCGUAUUUGGGUCUCCUCGGUCAAGAAUAUUAACAGCCUUUUACUUCCCUCAGUUCCCACAGUCACAGACAAUAACUGGGCCGGCAGCCUGCUAGGUUCUACUAGGACUGACUAGCAGUCCCUGUUUGACCGAAGCAGCUGGCUCGCUGCCAGAAUCAAUGAAUUAGGAAUUAACUUGUUGAACUCUGGGCAGGGCCCAGCUUUCUUUCUUUUUCUUUCUUUCUUUCUUAAAACUCAGUGACCUGAAUUUGCAACGAGAUGACUAUUUUUACGGCAUUCCUUCCUCCCCUCUUUCUCCUGCUUGUGUUUUUGGCUGAUGCAGGUUAUGGUGCAGUCAUUUGGAUAAGGUCAGAUGAUUAACUUCUUCCUCUUCCCACUCCCACCCCGUUUCCCCCAAAAAUCAGGAUAGCUGCAGUUGGACACCUAAGCCAGAGCCUGACCUGUGUGUGCAUGCAUGUAUGUAUGGGCAUGGGCACACACACAUAGAGGAAUCGGCCACUUGCCAUAGUAAAACUGCACAGACACCAGCAGCUCCGUUCUUCCUUGUCCUUCUAUGACCAAUCGAUUUCCCUUCUCCCCACCCAACAUGUCAAGCCAGUGCCUUGUGUCAGACUCGCCUCCUGCCCUGGCCUUUCCCACUCCUUUCACAGCUUUUUAAAAGGAAAGAUUAAAAAAAACCUUAUUCUACAUGACACAAUUAACCAAAGGUUCUCUACUGUAUAUAUAUUUAAAAAUAAUAAUAAAAUAAACCAACCCGCAGGAGGUGUUUCUAUAUUUAUAGCCAAUCAGAAUAAUGCCGAUUGCCCAUUCAUCUGUUCUUAAUGCUCCCUCCUCUGCCAUAGGUUUUUUGUUUUGUUUUGUUUUGUUUUUUCCCCCUGAAAGGUCAUUUGCGGGGUGGGGAGGGUAGAAAAGCCUUACGGUUCUUCUGAUGGUGACUCGAAAGCUCACAGCUCGUGUGCUGCAGAAUUUAUUCCAAUGAGCAGCUAAAAUUAUUAUCAUUAAAACAAAAGAAAAAAAAAGACAAAAAAUAAUUACUAAAACAUUUAUUUAGGAUGUUUGUGAUUGCUGAUUGCGCUGUAGAUGCCACUGUUUACCAAUGAUUUCCUGUGGUGGGAUAGUGGACUGUUUACUGUUCUUUUAUACCAGUCCCGUGCCCUCCAGAGGGAUAGCUCAGUUUCACCCUACAAGGAGAAGAGCCUCCCUGUUAGGGCACCCAGGGCAUUUGUUCUGUGUUAGAAAGUUUA